AUGAGAUUAUCGUGGAGCAAGCACAUACCUGUCCUGCGCCUCCUAGGUCCCAACAAGAAGAGGUUCACCAGCGCGGAGGAUUUUGACAAGUUCAUGAACCAUCUCAUCUCCCUCCGUGGCCAUUUACCUCUUGUCAGCUGCGAGAUCCAAGCCUAUCCAACCAAUGAUGAUUAUGCUGGUGAACCUGAUGAACCCUUGCCAAACAUAUACUUUGAUUCGUGGAUCCAAUAUGCUCUAUUGUGCAAGGUUCAGGUGCUCAAAAUCAUCGGUGAUGAUGUGGGAGCGGAAACUGAGCUCAUCGUGCCUCUCAUCUCCCAGCACCUGAGGAGCCUGGAAGUUCAUCAUGUUCUGGUGGAAAAGGAUUUUGUUGAUUUCUCAAGCUGUCCAAUGUUAGAAGAACUGAAGAUGCAGCACUGUGGCCUUUGGGUGCGCAAGAUGUCGUUUCCAUCGCUAAAGCGUUUGUGGCUUACUGAAUGCAACUUCCCUGAGGCGUAUCGUGUUUGUAUUUCUGCACCCAGUCUUGUUUCACUGUGUCUGCAUGACAGUGGAGGCAAGACUCCUUUGCUUGAAAGCAUGCCAUUGCUUGAUACAGUAUCCCUUGACCUUUCUGGUCGAUGCAAGGAUAAGUGUCGGGGUUCUGGUGGUGAUCCAAGCUGUGAAGGUUGUCAUGGUUAUCCUGCUGGGAGUUAUCGUAGUGUCCUUUUGAAUACUUUGUCUAAUGCUGUAAAUUUGGAGUUGAAAGAUCAACCUGAAGUGUACAUCUACAAAAGGGAUUUGGAAUGUUGCCCCAUAUUUGGCAGAUUGAAGACUCUUUUACUCGACAUGUGGUGCAGGGCUACUGAUCUGCAUGCACUAGUUCGCAUUCUGCAGCACACGCCAGUUCUUGAAAAGCUCACUCUCCAGCUUCGUAGCGACUGGAAUUUGUUAAGCGCUGCCCGAGGUGAAAGAAAACAUGUUCGAAUUGAGCAAUCAUUUUCAUGCGUGCAUCUUAAGGAAGUCAGCAUUGAAUGUGAAGAGAAACUAAGGGUCAAGGAUAAGGUCAACCAAAUUGUGAAGAUCAUGACUAGAAAUGGCGUACUUACUGAGAACAUCAGUUUCAAGAAGAUCCCAAGGCCAGAAGGUUUCUAUCGUCUCGUGUGUGUAUCACCUAGGGCCUUUGAUCCCUACUGGUCCGGUGAAGACUAAAUUGGUGUGUUGGACCAGUGAUAGAAGUUGUUUCAAGCCUUUUGUGUUGUUUUGUCCAAACCUUUUUAAUGGUGGCCCUGUGCUGGCAGCUGGUACAACUCAGGAAACAGUUUCCAGUUGGGUAGUAUGUUUUUUUUUCUAAGUUAAGUUGGGCAGUAUGUAAAGAUGUUACUACUAGUAGUUAUCUCUUGUCAGUAAUGAAAACCGUGUCGUCAGGAUCUUGUUGCAUUUCGAAAAAUUGUGUGUGCGUGCUUGUUGCCUGUUUGCACAAGAAAUGAGAUGUUUGGCGAACCAGUAAGAAGGAUUAGGUUA